AUGGAAAUACCUGAAAUAAAGACUUUAUCCACUACUUUUUCUACAAGUUUUGGGACAGUAAUAAAAUCCCCAAGAACUCCUCGUGCUGAAACAACCUUUUUAAAUAACAGGGAUAAGCUGCGCCACAAAAUAACAAACUUAUAUAAAACUCAAUUUGAUUAUAUUGAUCCUACUUCAAUAAAAUUCCUAGAGCUUGAAGCCAGAAGAGGAAGAACUUUAAUUCCAGGCGACUCCUCAUAUACCCCUAAAGCAGUUAAAGCCAAAGAUCCAUUAUUUCUCAAUAUUAAGAGAGAGCACAAAAAUAAGCAUGAGGGGACACAGAUUGUUAUGCUUCCAAAAUCACCCUUCGGAGUUCAUCAGAAAUAUGAUGAAAAAGGCUUCAUAAACAAUCAUUUCGUGGCACCUGAAAGCAAUGAUCCAAAAUUAUUCGAAUUUUCGAAGAAAAUGAGGAUUUGGCAGAAACGGCUAAGAAAGUCACAAGAGAUCCGUGACAAAAGAGCGAUCUCACCAAAGAGGCUAUGCUUAAGACCAAAAGUUGACAUUUAUACUUAAUCAGUAUAAAUUCUUUAUAUAGAAGUACUAAUAAGACUAGUCCAAUCAUCUAUUAAAUUCGGUUAAAAAUGUUGCAUUAUAAUUUGUAAUUAGCAUCUUCAAUUUAUUAAACUUUUUAUCUGCCAAAAUGGCCAGAUAGGCAACCCUCACCUAGUGUCAUUGGGCCUAGGGUCCGAGGGCCUGCAGCUUGCGGGAGGUCCGGGGUACGUUUUGCCAGCGUAAUUGGGCUUUUUCCUGGGCCCUUAGAAGAAAAGCACAAAUUCGGGAUAACUUCAUGGAAGAAAGGAUGCUAGGAGGCUUCGAGCGGAGCGUGGGGCAUGAAGGAGGACCAGACGAUCAACUUCAGGCUGAUUUUCCCCCCUGAAGUGGAGCCUGUGACCGAUAAGGCCAGGAUUCAAGGGAAGCAAGGGUCUCCCCGUCAGAUGAUGACGUCACCAUUUUUGAUGACGUCAUCAAAAAAGAAUAAAAAAAUUUUUAAAGUUUUAUGAGGAUUUUACUUGGAAUUUUUACAGUUUUUGUGAGCUGGAGAAGUGGAAGGAGCAUAAAAAGUCGCAAUUUGAAUAGAAUAAGCCCCUGCAAUAAUGGGCUAAUAUAAUUAUUAGUAAUUCAAUUCAAUUUAUUAAUCUAUGCUGCUAUUAAGUUAUUGAUAACGAUAUAUGCGAGAUUUAUGCCUAUAAGAUAUAUAAAACAAAGGCAGGCGAUUUAAUUUGUGAGAGACAUUCUUCAGUUGUCAAUGCUUAUGAAGAGGAAAAUGAAAAAUUUAAGAAAUUCAAUCGAGGAGUAUCAGAAGAUGCCGUUAAAAGAAGACUGAUGAUAAAUGAUGACAAAAAGAAACUGGAAGAACUUAAGAUUGGGAUAAGCAAAACAAUAGAAAGGCUAUACACUGCCCCAAGAAAUGAAACACGCUCAACAUUUUAUUCCUCAGUUUGCGAUAAAUACCCUGCAUUAUUUACAGAAGAAGAUCAAUAUUAA